AUGUCAGAAGAAAUUCAAUAAUCAAAUUCUGGUUAGUAGCUGAUUACCAAUUAUUUUAAUCAGAAUCCUGAAAAUUCUAUGGAUAGAUAAAAAUAAAUGAAAAAAAGAAAAAUUGAAAAUGAAAUUUCGAAAAAAAAAAUGAAUACUAAAUCAAAAAGUGAUGAAGAAUCAUCUAAUGAUAAUUUUCCUCAGGCACCAGUAAAUUUACCAAAUUGCUAAAAGAUCUAUAAAUAUCUGAAAAAUCCAAAAGAGAUUUGCAAUGAAGCGGGCAAUGCAGGGAAGAUUUAGAUGUAAAAAAGUUUGGAGGAAAGCAAAUAAAAAAUGAGUACGAAUGAUAUAACCAAUUAUAUGAAAUCAAAAGAAGUAAAAAUAGUUUAGUAACCCAUUCAAAAACCUUAAGAUGAGGAAACCUGCAAGUUGUAAUAGAAAUUAUUAGAAAAGGAACAGAUUGAGAAACAAUUACGAUAAGAGAAGUAAUAAUUAGAAAGUGAACGUUAAGAAUUAAUUUUAUAACAUAAUGCUUUUAAAAAGCGUACUCAAGAUGUAUUUGCAGAAGCAUUAAAAUAAGUAGAGGAAUUAAAGCGGGAAAAAAUGAGAGAAUAUUUAGAGAGGGAAAGAUAUCGAUUAGGAGAGUUUGUUAGUUCUAGGAACAAUGUAAGAUUUGUGGAAGAAUGGUAAGAUGGUUAUGAAAUUAAAUAAGUUAAAGAAUCAUUAUAAAAGUUAGAAAAUGAGAGAACAUCAUUGGAGUAAUAGAAAAAUGAAAUCAAAGACAAAUAAUCUACAAAAAACUAGAAGGACAAACAAAAUAAAUUAUUUGAAUUAGAUUUUGUAAAUGGAGACUUAGAUGCAAAUUAGAAGAAAUUAAGAAUUCAAUUCUAGUUGAGCAUAUUAAAAAAGGAGGAGGAAGAGUUGAAAUUAAAGUUAACUAAAUUGGAAGAAGAGAAACAAUAAUUAGCAUAUAAAACAAGAAGGUUUAUGGAAGAAUAGAAGUAAUUUUGAUUCAAACUUUAGUUGUCGAUAUUAUAGAGCAGAUCCAAGAUGGCCAUUGAUAGCUCAAAGAUAUUAAACUUUGGGAUUGUUGGGAAAGGGAGGAUUUUCUGAAGUUUAUAAAGCUUUUGAUUUAUAAGAAUACAGAUUAUGUGCAUGCAAAAUUCAUUAUUUAAAUCCUCAAUGGAAUGAAAAUGCAAAAAAUAAUUACAUCAAGCAUGCUUUGAGAGAAAAUGAUAUUCAUAAGAGAUUGAAGCAUGUCAAUAUAGUAUCAUUAUAUGACACUUAAGAAAUAGAUUAAGACUCUUUUUGGUACAUUUAUGUAUAAUAAGAAAAAGCACUGUACUUGAAUACUGUGAUGGGACUGAUUUAAAUCAGCAUUUGAAGAAAUAUAAAAUUAUUGCAGAGAAGGAAGCAAAAUUGAUUUUGAGACAGGUUUUAGCAGCCUUACAUCACAUGAGUUGCAGUCCAACUAAAAUUAUUCAUUAUGAUUUGAAACCCCAAAACAUUUUAUUUCACAAAGGAGAAGUUAAACUUACAGAUUUUGGAUUAUGUAAGGUGUUGGAUUAGGAUACUACAAGAUAAGAAUUAACAUCUCAAGGUUUGGGAACUUAUUGGUAUUUGCCUCCAGAGUGUUUCAUGGAAUAACCAAACAUAUAAAUCAGUACGAAAGUAGAUGUGUGGUCAAUAGGAGUGAUCCUAUUUGAGAUGGUAUUUGGUAGAAAACCUUUUGGUGAAGGAAUGUCUUAAGAACGAAUUGCUCAAGUAAUAAUAAAUGUAACUUCUUUAGGAAAGAGUUAUCUUAAAUUCUUUUUAAGUUAAAUUCCCUUAAAAGCCUACUGUAUCUCAAGAUUGCAAAGAUUUUAUUCUCAAAUGUCUAACCUAUAAUAUGGAGGCAAGAUGGAACAUCACUGAAGCUUUUUACUGCAAUUAUAUAUAAAGCUGA